ACCGACUUCUCAUCAUAUUUUGACUAAAAACUUGUAUACAUUUAUACCACUUUUGCACCACUCAAUCACCAUGAAGCGCGUCCAUGUGGAUAACUAUGCCCCAAAGUACUACAGCGGCAAGUGGUCGUGGGACUCGGAGAAGGACUGCCUCCACUUUCAGGCCCACAAUGAUCUGGAGCACGCUCGGGAGCGUUACAUAACCACCAAUGGGUACAAGUUCCUGCGCACCAUGGACCAGGAGGAGGAGCUCAUUUUCCGGCAGGAGUAUGUGCGACCGAAGAGCAACCACAGCGAUGUGAUCGUGAUCUCGGAUAUAAGGAACUUGGUGCUCUACCUGAUGCCCCCGGAGUUUUUGUCCUACCGGUUCGUUGAGUUUAUGCACGAGCAGGAGGUUCUCUACGUGAUCCACGCCCUGAUCAUAUACUUCGAGUACUAUUUGCGCCUGGUUGAGUUCGUCCUGAUUCGGCGAGAUGAACUAUCGGGCCAGAAGGGCCAAGUGCAGAGCGAGCAGACCAAUGAUAUGAAGCGAACCCUGUCGGUUUACCUCAGUCAGUACCGAAUGCUCGUGGCCCGCAACUACUGCCUGAUUAUCGGGGGCGAGGGCAAUAUGGCCAAGUUCUACCACAUGAAGCCUAUUUCGAAUAUUUCAGCGACGAUUCACGAUAAGUACUUUCAUGAGCAAUUCUUGGCUGUGGCCAUACAAAUAGUCUGGAUCUGCAUGCAUCGCAGGGCGUACUAUGUCAUUGAAAUGGAGAUGAACCGACUCUUCCGCUCGGAAUACUUUGUUUCCGCCCGUCCUGAGUACCUCACCUUCACGGAAGCCGAGCGGAGUCUUCUCUACGGGCGAAACAAGAAGAACAGCAACUAUCGCAUUCAGGAAUCGCCACUGAUUCAGGAGCUGAAACUAGUUCCGGUGGAGGAUCUACCCAUUUUGUGGAUAGGAAAGCGCAAGUACCGGGGCUCCGAUAUCCGUAUUGCCACCAUGGAACUGGAGUACAUUGCGCCUGGAUCUCAGCUGCGCCUAGUUGACAUAUCCCACGGCAUCCUCGGACAUCCGAAGAAGCUCUACAACACUCUUCUGAGUCUCGAUUGGCCCGCCGUACGUUUCAUGAACUUUUCGGAGCAAUACGAUCCCUUCAAUAUUGUCAGGCGACCUCACCUGGCCAUUCCCAAGCUCGGUGAACUUCAAUUGCGAAAGAUGAGCGAGACUUAUGAGCACUUCUAUGAGCUUAGUGGUAUUUUUGAACCGUCCACCCAUCAGGAGAUUUGCAAGUGGGUCAAACGGGACCUCAAUAUUAAGUUCUUUCGCUCUGGAGGUCUUCUCACAAAUGUGGUAUCGCGAUGUGAAAAGGAGCUGGCGAGCACAACUUCGGGGCCAAGGGUCGACCUGAUCAUCGCUAAUUACUUUAAGAUUAUGUCCAAAAUACGUAAGGACGAUAAGGACAAGGAUAAGGAUAGCUUUUCAGCACAAAGUGUUGUAUCACGUUUUAGCUUGCGUAAGUCGCAAAGAAAAAAUUCAUAAGGUUCGAGUUU